GCUUGUCUCUUUAUAUUGAUUUCUAGAGUAUCUUCUGUAAACUUUUACUUGUGUUUCCCUCUUCAAACAUGUCUAACAUCUUACAGAACCCACCAUCUCUCAGACUGUUGUCCUCAAAUUCGAUCCCACGUGACUUGUCAAUAUUAAGCAUUCCUUGUCAAAACCCCUCAAUUUUGAUCUCUAAGAAACUUUCUCGUGGAAAAUUCAUUCUUCCCGGGAAAAUUCAUGGGUUUGAAGGGGGAAAUGGAAUCUUUCAUGCUUGGAGCCAAGAGGGGUCUCUGCAAGAGGUGGAUGAUUCUCCUGUAUCAUUUGAGUUGGAGCCCAUUUACAGUGAGAGCCAGUUUGAUCGUGUGAUAGCAGAGGCACAGCAGCUUGUGGAAUCUUUUAUCAUUGUUUGGAUGGCAAGCUGGUGCAGAAAAUGUAUAUAUUUGAAACCAAAAUUGGAAAAGUUGGCAGCUGAUUACAAUAGAAGAGUGCGGUUUUACUGUGUCAAUGUUAAUAAUAUCCCACGCAAACUUGUUGCUCGUGCAGGAGUUACUAAAAUGCCAACUAUUCAGUUAUGGAAGGAUAGCAAGAAACAGGCAGAAGUGAUUGGUGGUCACAAAGCAUAUUUGGUCAUAAAUGAAGUUCGUGAAAUGAUUGAAAAUGAGGGUACCUUGUGAAUUAUGGUAUCAUUAUCUUUUUGGUCAUCAUUUUUUUAUUUUAAAAAAACAUUGCAUGGAGAAAAGAAGAUUGGCCCAAAUUUUUGCUGAUUUCAGCUAUGUAUAAAUAACCUCAUAUACGGCAAAAAGAAAGAUAAAUUCUGAGGAAUAUACGAUAAUAAAAACAAAAAACAAAAUUUUUGAUGAA